AUGGUAGAUAUAGUAGAAAAGUAUUAAGAAUAUUUUGCUCUCAAAUACCUCUAAAAUGGAUGGCAUAUUUAAAAAAGGGUUUUAUUAAAUAGCUUGAGAGAUAAAAUUUGUCAAUCUUAUUAAAAAAAAGCGUCUUCAGGAUAACCAUCUCGUUUAUUCCAAUCAAAAAUAGCAGAAAAGAGUGAAAAAAGCAACCAAGAAAAAGCACAAAAUGAAUAGAAUCCUUAGAAACAGUUUUAACUUUCAAAAGGUUAAGCUACUUAUCUAAAUGAUAAACAAAAAAAAUGUAAAGCAGAAUGGAUUUCUUUGCCUAAUAGCGAUUCAUUUUAGAAUGAUUAAAAGGAAUAUUUCAGAAAGAAAAGUGGAUGUUAGUAUUAAUGUAUUGAAAAAGUAGAACUUUUUAUAGAUUAAAAGUCAUAAAAAUAACAAUAAGACCAUGGAAACAAUUGCAAAUUCUAUUCAAAAAUAAAAGAAAUAUUAAACAUCUAAAUAGAUUAAUAAAAAGGAAAAUAUUUAAAUAAUAAUAUUAACAAAGCAAAUUAUUAAACUAAUAUUUCUUUAACUUAGAUUUAAAGACAGAACUUGCUUAAUUUAAUUAAGAAAAAUCAAAUAAAGAAAUUCAAUAAAAAAUUAACUUAUAUCGCUGAAAAUUAAUUGGGUUUUCCUUAAUUCAGAUUAAAAAUUGAAAAGUCAAUUAGUGGAAAAGAUAAAUUAUUUGAAGAAAAAACAUAACAAACUCCAAAUGCAAACAUUAAAUUUAGAAAUUAGAAGAAUUUUUACUUCUCAGUUAAUAAAGUAAAAAAUAAAUUCGUUGAAUAAUCUUGGUAAAACUUAUUAAGCUAGAUAUAAAAACAAAAUUUGAUGAGAAUUGAUUCACAUGAAUAAUAAAUCAAUAAAUAUACUGAAACUCAAUAAAAUGUUUGCUCUUUAAAAUUUGAUAAUAAGUAGCUUAAAGUAUUAAAAGUAUUAAAACUCGAAAUAGAUAGUUAAUACUUGAAAUAUAAAGAAAAUAACUAAUGUCAAGAUUUAUAUAAAUAAGCUUAGAAGAAUAGAAUUUUAGGAGGAGGAGGAGUCUGUGGCAGUAAACAAAAAGUAAUUGCUGUGGAACCAGCUUCAUAUUAACAAAUAAGAAAAGAAAUCAAACACAAAAGUACAAAAAUUUAAAACUAAGAUGAUAGAAUGAAGGAAGAAUAACGAAUUAAUAAAAAGUUUGAAAAAUUUAAUAAAUCAUAUAAUGAAUUUUUUACCAUCAAAGAAGAGAGUGAUGUAGAAGAAAGCUUAAAUGUCUUAGAAACUGAAGUAAGAUAGAUAAUAGAAAAAACUUUAUAUGAUUUCAGAGAGUAAAUAGUUUUGUAAGAAAUUAGACCAAAAGUCAUAGACAUGAUAAAUUUACUAAUUAACUAUUUUCUUAUUAUUAAAUAAAACGAUUCUAAGUCAUCCGUGCAAUCUGAUAUUAAUGAGAUAAGCGAAAAGUUAUAAAAACUCAUUGUUUAUUGUAAAGAAAAUAAAGAGAGACAUCCUUGUUUAGAUUUAUUUUAAUAUUUUGACAUUUUAAAAUCUUUGAAUUCUUAAAGAGUAGGUUUAGAUGAAGCAAACAAGCACAUUGCUAUGCAAAUUAUUGAGAAAAUAGUUGAAGUUGCUAAAUUUGGAGCUGGAUUUGUCAGUAUUGCAGGUGCUAUCAAAAAUUUAACAGAAAUCGAUUUCAAAAAGCUGAAAGGUUUCAUAGAUGAUAUAAAAAAGAUAGCAGAAAAAUUAACUUCUGAUACUGCUAUAGGGUCAAUUAAGUAAGGGCUAGGUGUUUAUUCUAAUUACAAUAGCAAUAAUAUAUCCAACAAUAUGUUAUCUUUAUGGCUAAAAAAGGUUUAAUACAUGGGAGAGAAUCUUUCAGAUCAGAUUUUAGAAAUUAUUUUCUACUUGGAAGAGUGCGAUAAAAUUAAAAAUAAUGAUACUCGAUUAUUUGUUUAUAUGCAAUUGAACUAUUUGUUGUCAAAGUAGUAAAUAAAGGAUAAUUUUGAAGAACUUCGUUAGAAAUUAGAAGAACAGAAUAAGAGAGAACUUAUUAUCAAUUAAUAGAAGUUUUUAUAGGUGGAAGAGUAUUCUGAUGGAAUUAUUGAUUAGCUUAAGAGUGUAGCUAAUUUAAUAGCAUAGAGUCAUUAAUUUAGAUACAUAAAAGCUUAAUUACUUCUACAUUUUGCUUAAAUCUUAUCAGUCUAAAGCUAAAACGAAUUUAAAGACAUGAUGAAUAAUAUCAUCUCAAAUUAUUUAAUGGAGAAAUAAAAAUCUGUUAAGAUUGUCAACGAAUAUAAUUAAGUUAUGGCUGAGUUUAUUGAUAAUUAACUUGAUAAAACUCAAAUUUUGAAUCAAAUUAGUUAGCAGAAGUAAUAAAUGACUAAGCAUUUAGAUGAUAAGUCAGACUUCGAUAACUUCGCAUAUGAUAUUUAGAAUGAAAAAGAUUUAGACAAACAAUUAGCUAAAUAUUUUGUUUAAAUUUGGGAAUAAAGUGUCAAGUAAAGAUAGAAAAAUCUCGAAAUAACCCACAAAGAUGAUGCUUUGCUCGAAGCUAUUCAUUUGUAUAUUAAUUAAUAGAUUACAUAUUAAGAUGGCUAUAAUUUAAAAACAGAUGAAAAAGAUGCAGUGAAAUAAAUUUUUGAUUAUUUCCUUACCCCUAACUUUGUAUUUUCUUAAGAAGAAACAAAAGCUAAUGACUAAGCUAAUUAAACAUCAACAUGUAAAAUCAUAUCAAUUUUGGCAGAAGGAGGUUCUGGAAAGUCGAUGCUCUUGAAAAAAAUUGAAGUAGAACUUCUCAAUGAUAAUUCAAAAUAUAAAAGUGACAAUAGAACUGAUUUCAUACCAUUUUUAAUUAAAUGCAACUCGUUAGAUAAAGAAAAACCUUCAAUUGAAGAUUACUUAGAAUCUUUAAACAUAAAGAGAAAAGACAUCGAUAAUUUAAAGAAAUCUGAGAGAAAUAAACUAAUCAUGCUUGAUGGCUAUGAUGAAUAUACAGGUGAUUAUUUUAAGGUUUACCAAAAGUUAAAUCUUAACGAAUGGGUGAAUACUCUAGUCAUUGUGACUUCUAGAUUAGAAAAAAUUACAAUUUCUGAUGCUAAAGUCUACUUUAAUUACUAUGACAAUUAAGGAAACAAAGGUCAUAGUGAUUCAUAUGGAAUCUUCAAACUGGAAAAAAUAACAAAUCAAGACAUUGAAGAUUACUUAGAGAAGUAUAAAAACUAACAAUAAUCAGAAAAUUAAGUAGAUUUUGAUUUAGAAUAGCAUGAAAAACUUAAAAAAAUUAUAUUUAGUAAUAAUUAACUAACUGAAUUGCUAAAAUUACCAAUUAAUUUAUAUCUCACAACAAGAAUGAUUUCAGAUAUUGACCUAAAUGACGAAAGAACUUUGAACACUUUCCAGCAAGCUUCAGACCAAAUUCACAUUUAGGAGUUAUUUUUCUCUUAGUAAUUCAAAAAAUAAGCUCAAAUAUUCGUUCAAUAAAAAAAAUACCUUACAUUAAACGAAAAACAAAGAUAAACUAUAGCAGAAAAGGUAGAAUCUUGCUACUUUGAAUAUUUCUAAUCUAUAGCAAUGCAUAUGUUUAUUUAAAAGGGCUAAAAAUCAAAUUUUCUUUCAACAACUAGAGACUAGAUUAAAUUUUAACCUAGAGAAGAAGUAUCACUUGUCUUUAAAUAAAAUAAAAUAGAUGAAAAUGAAAUCAUUUAAAAAUUAAUAAAUUAUGUUGAUUCUAGAGUUAUUACGAGAAUUUAAUUGAAACUUGAAGGUAAAAACAGUAAAAAUCAACAUAAAGAAAGUUAAACUUUUGUGGAUAAAUACAAAGUUGAAGAAAUUUAAUCAUAAGAAUUCGAGUUUAGACAUAAAUCUCUUUUUGAAUUCUUUGCUGCUAGAGCCAUUAAGUAUGAUUUUGACCUACAUAAAGAAAACAUCUUUAAUUUAGACAUUUCCAAAUUGAAACAAUUCAACAUUAACAAGAGAAUCAUCAUGAGCAGUGAAAAAAAUGCAUCAGAACAACAAAUUCUUUUAAAACUUUAUAAACUUAUGAAAUCUGAUAUUCAAUCAUAAUUUUUCUACUAAACAUAUAGCUAAGAAGAUAUAUCUAAGACAAAUAAAUACAUUUAAUACUUAAAGAAGUCGAAAAUUUCUAAAACCACUGAAAAGAGCUAAAUAGAUAUUGGAGCUUCUAAUCUAUUGUCAGCUCUGUUUCUUUCUAAAUUUUUAUAUCCAAAUUUGAUUUUAAAUAAAUGUUCAUUUUCCUUAGCAUAUAUUACUUCUUAAUCUCAAAUGCUAGCUGAGUUUUAGGAUUGUAAUCUAAGCGACUCUUUAAUUGAAGAUCAAAACUUAGAAUAUUAUGAAAGUUCAAACACGAAAAAUACAAUAUUUGGUGGUUUCUAAAAAUAAAUGGACUCAGAUAACAUUUAUUAAUUUAACAAAGCAAUACUAUCAAAAAAUAAUCUUGUAUCUAUCACUGAGAGUGGCUUUAUUAAUAAAUUUGAGAUAGGUGAAAAUAAUUCUCAAUAAUUAUUAUCAAAGCAGAUUACUAAUACCCCAUUGAAAAAUAUUUAUUACGAAAGCGCAAAAAAUAUUUUUGUUACUCAUACAAAAAAGUCUCUGUUUGAGAUAAAUUCCAAAACUUUUGAAAUAAUUUCCUCUUUCACAUUCGCAUCUCAUAUAUCGUGUUUAUCAAUUAAUAAAUAGUAAUACUUUGUUAAUUUAAUAAACAAUUAAAUAUUUUAAGGGGAUUUUUAAAAAGGAUUCACGCUUUUAGACUAAAACAAAAUUCAAGCUGAAUCGUCUAUUUCCUUAAAGGAUAUAAUAAUCACUUCUAAAAAUUAAGUAAUCAAUGUUUAUAAUUCACAAAGUCUUUAAAUUAUAAAGACAAUUUAAAAUUACCAUUCUGAUCUGACAAUAUCCUCAAUUUCUACUGAUGGAAAGUAUCUAGCAACUAUAUCAGAAGAAAAAAAUUGCAUAAUUUUCAAUUUAGAAAAUGAAUUCGAUAUCUUAAAAACUAUCUAAACUGAACACACCAGACCCAUAACCUCAGUUGCCUUUUCUGAAAAUGGAAAAUAUCUAGCAACAAGCUCAAGUGAUAAUCAUUGCAAAAUCUGGAAUGCGAAAGAGGGAUUUGCACUCUUGCAUGCUAUUCAAACAGAAUAUAUAAAAAUACAUUCAGUGACUUUUUCUACUGAUGGAAGAUAUCUCAUAGCUUGUUCAGCUGAUAAAACUUGCAAAAUAUGGGACUCAUAAUAAGAAUUCAAACUAGUAAAUAAGAUCGAAGGACAUACUUAGAAGAUUUCCUCAGUUGCCUUUUCUCCCAACGAUUAGUAUAUAGCAUCUGGUUCUGAUGAUAACACUUGCAAAAUUUGGAGUAUAAAAAAUGGUUUAGAGCUAGUAAAUAAAAUUGAAGGACAUACUAGUCCUGUUACCUAAGUAACUUUUUCUCGAGAUAGUAAAUAUUUAGCAACAGCUUCAGAAGAUUAAACAUGCAAAAUUUGGAAUAUUGAAAAAGGAUUCUCACUGCAUCACACACUUGAAGGAAAUAAUUCUGCAAUUUUGUCAGUUACAUUUUCUGCAGAUAGCAAGUAUUUAGCUACAGCUUCCUUUAACAGUCUUUGCAUAAUUUGGGAUGUAGAUAAAGGAUUCUAGCUUCUUCAUUCAAUUAAUGCACAUGAUUAAAAAAAAAUCUUCUCAGUUGCUUUUUCUUUUGAUGGUAAAUUAAUUGCAACAGGUUCUGAAGAUUAAACUUGCAAAGUAUGGAACAUAGAAGAUGGAUUUAAAUUAAUAUAAACACUUAAAGGACAUACUUAUUGGAUUUCUUAAGUGGCUUUUUCUCCAAAUGGCAAAUAUCUCGCAACUAGCUCUUAAGAUGAUACCUUUAAGAUUUGGAAUGUUGAAAAAGGAUAUGAACUUAUAGAUACAAUUAAAGCACAUAUAUAUUCAGUUUUCUCUGUUGUAUUUUCUGCAAAUAGUAAAUACCUUGCAUCAUCUUCAGCUGAUGCAACAUGUAAGAUUUGGGAUGUAGAAAAGGGAUUCUAACUAGUUAAUAUCAUCCAACAUACAAAACAAAUUUAUUCAGCUGCUUUUAGUCAAGAUGCAAAGUAACUCGUUACAGGCUCUGGUGAUACCACUUGUAAGAUUUGGAAUUUAGAAAAAGGAUUUGAGCUCAUAAAGAUGGAUGAAAAACACAGUUAUGUAAUUUCCUCAGUUGCUUUUUCCCCUGAUGGUAAGCUUCUCGCAACUACAGAUGAAAGGUUUUAUAAAAUAUGGAGUACAGAAAGAGGAUUUGAACUUAUAAAUAAGAUUGAAGCCCAUACACUUUCUAUUAAUUGUCUUGCUUUCACUCCAGAUGGUAAUUAUUUACUAACUAAUUCAACUGACAAAACAUGUAAAGUCUGGAGCGUACAUAAAGGAUUUAAAUUCCUACAUAAUAUUUAAGGUAACACUUAAUUAAUUAUAACAAUUGCUAUUUCCCCCGAUAACAUGUUUCUUGCCGCAAGUUCAACUGAUUAAACUUUUAAAAUAUGGAACAUAUAAAAGGAAUUUUAGCUUAUUACUACAUUUGAAGGAUUUGAACAUUUUGUUUCAUCUUUAUAUUUUUCACCAGAUGGCAGAUAUCUCGCCGCUUCAUAUGGCAAUACUUGUAAAAUAUAUGAUGUAAAUGAAAAAUUUGAGUUAAUACACACUAUUUAAGCACAUAGCUAAUAUGUUAAACAACUCACUUUUUCUAAUGAUGGCAAGUAUCUUGCAACUUGUUCAUCUGACACAACUUGCAAAAUCUGGAGUGUAAAAGAAUAAUUUAAUCUCUUGAACACUAUAUAAGGACAUACUUAAGUAGUUACCCAUAUUAUUUUUUCUGCAGAUAGCAAAUAUCUUGCUACUGCAUCUUAUGACAAAACUUGUAAAAUCUGGAAUACUGAAAAUGGAUUUUCCCUAAUAUGCACAUUUUAGGGUCAUGCUUAAAAUAUUUCAUCAAUGGCAUUUUCUUAUGAUAACAAGUAUUUAGCAACAGGUUCAAUUGAUAUGACCUGUAGAAUCUUGAAUGUACAAAAAGAAUUUGAAGUAAUGAAUAUAAAUGAAUUAUAGGAGAGCGAAAUUAAAUCAACUACUGUUUCUUAAGUUAAUAAUUAAUUAAGUAACAGUCUUUUAGAUAAACUAGCUAAAAAUAAUAAAAUUUUCUAAUAAAUUUAUUGCUUAUGA